AGAGAGGGGACGGCGGCCAGAGACAGACAGAGCCGUUCACUGAAAUAGGAAGUUUAUAUUUACUUGUUUUGCAAUAAAACUUGAAAGAAGAAAAAGAUAAGGGGAGGGUGUAUCAGUCUAUGGUCUAAAGUGCAGCGCUUCAACUGUCGCUCGGAUGUUUCUGCCAGUGGACUUUCGGCGAGUCAAGUCACUUCGAGAGAUAAAAUGAUGCACUGGACUGAAUUUAAGAAAGAAGAGCUCGAGAGGCAGUAUUCACCCACCCGGUGGUCGCACAGGAUGUCUGCGGACGACGUGAUCAAGGCUCACGUGAAGGCUUUAAAGGAAGGUACGGAGCGCGCCCGUGGCCUGGCUCAAACGUUGCUCAAUGUCCCAUAUGGGGAGGGAGAUGGAGAGAAACUGGAUGUCUACAUACCCAGCACCAACUCAUUGGACGUCCCCCUUGUGAUUUACAUACAUGGAGGCUACUGGCAGUUUCUCAGCAAGGAGGAGUCAGGAUUCAUGGCUGUUCCGCUCGUUGAUAAAGGCGUAGUGGUGGUUGCCGUCGGAUAUGACAUCGCCCCCAAAGGCAACAUGGACUUGAUGGUGUCUCAAGUACGCAGGAGUGUUGUGUCUGUUGUUCAGCAGUAUUCUCACAUCAGUGGUCUGUACCUGUGUGGCCACUCUGCUGGGGCUCACCUGGCUGCAAUGGUCCUGUCCACUGACUGGUCGGAGUACAGCAUCACUCCUCAGAUCAAAGGUGCUUUUCUUGUCAGUGGCAUAUAUGACCUUCUGCCCAUCCUGUCCACCUAUGUCAACGAGCCCUUGAAGAUGACCGAGGAGGUGGCGGUGAGGAACAGCCCCAGCAAGCUGAUCCCUCAGCUCAAACUCUCCUUCCCCAGCUGCCACGUCGUUGUGGCCGUCGCUGAGAACGACUCGCCGGAAUUUCGCAAGCAGUCGGAAGAAUACUACAAAACUUUGAAGGCGUCAGGACUCGAUGUGACCAUGGAGGACGUGGCGAACACAGACCACUUCAGUAUCAUUGAGCAACUGGUAGAUGGCGAGUAUCACCUAACAAAGCUUCUCUUAAAGGCAAUGGGGAAGACCUGAGGCGUCAGCCUUUGAUCCAUAAUCUAAUGUCAACAUACCUCUGUAGCAACAUACACUUCUGAACAGAGUCCCCACAAUAUGCAUUAUUUCAGGUUUGUACAAUAGUGAAUGUACAAUUUCUAUCAUGUCGAUUGUUCAGCAAUCAGGUGGCAUGGAUUGUGUUGUUUACUGUCCGACUGUUUACUGUAUCAUUACUUAUAGCUGUUUGUUUACUGUAGAUACUACUGUCAGAAAAACAUUUUAUGAAAACAUUAUGUACCUAAAACUGAAUCAUAUCAAGGAAGCUGAUUGUACUGCUGUUAAACCUGCUCAUAUUCAGGUUAAACCUAUUAUCUAACAAGCAUAGUGUACAAUGUUAUCAUCAGGAAACACAGUUCCACCGACACACUAAAAGUUGUUGAGCUGAUGGUUAGUUUUGGCGUUUCUCCAGUGUUUUGUAAAAGGCUGGGUCUGUCUGUUUGGUGUUUUUUGUUCUUGUUACAAUCUGGUCCACAACUUAAAGUCCUUGGGAAGGACAAGAAUAGGAGCUCAUUUCAAGUGUACUAAUAUAUCGUACAAAGUGAAUGUAGCUUUUGAUUGUAACCUUCGCAAGGCUGAUAUCCAAUCUAAGUAAAAUUGGGUAAAAGAAACGUAAUGAACACAUUUGGAUUGUUGCACUGAUCCUAAUAUAGUAGAAUAAUGAUAAUUGAAAACACAUAUUUUUAAAGAACAAAUGGGACUAAAUUGAACGGAUUCACAUUGUUACUGAGUUCAUUUAGGCAUCUUAAAUAAUUGUUUGCAUUACGGUUAACACACAAAUGUUCUGUAUUAAUAAGUACUGUAGAUUAUAAAAGAGAUUCAUCAAAAUAAAUGUUCAUAUUUGCGAAUUCUUGUAA